AUGGCCAGUCCGAUUGUGUUGCCUACCCCGCAUAUGGACACCCUGGUUGUCGGCUUCGAAGGCCUUGCAGAUCCUUACGACCCCCUCAACUGGCCAAGGAAGAGGAAGAUGAGGACGAGUAUACUCUAUUGCGCAACGAGUAUGGCCUCGGUGUGGGCCAGCACAGCGUACGCUCCGGCCACGUCCAACAUUGCACACCGCUUUGAAGUCGCUACAGAGAUUGCUCUGCUUGGUACAAGCCUUCUCUUGCUCGGAUGGGGGUUCGGGCCUUUGAUAUGGGCUCCAAUGUCUGAGGUAUACGGUCCACCAAAUAUUUCUACCCUCCUAGUCACUCGCUUUCUCACCGGGUUUUUCGGAGCGGCCCCCAUCACUUGUGCAGGAGGCGCAUUUGUUGACAUGUGGAACGCAUCCGAGCGCGGUAACAUAUUUGUCCUAUAUACGAUCUGCGUGUGCGGUAUCCCGGCUCUUGCCCCAGUCAUAGGAGGUGUCAUCGUGCUGUUCGAGGUUAAUUGGAGAUGGGUUGAAUAUGUACUCGCCGAGAUCACCGCUAUUCUACAGAGCACGAUAAUUGUUAUUGGUCUUUUCUUCAUCGAUGAAACAUAUGCGCCGACCCUUCUUGAAUUCAAAGCAUCAAGACUACGCAAAGAAACAGGCAUUAAGUAUCACGUGGGAGCUGUGACAAAGGUUACUGCUGCAGCUCUUGCCAUCAAGUUUGGCCUACGCCCGUUGCAAAUUCUUGCGACCCCCAUUUGUCUUCUUGUCACGAUCUAUUCAUCGUUCAUCUACGGUAUAUUCUACGCCAGCUUGGCAGCAUUUCCCAUCUUAUUCCAAGACACCCGAGGAUGGAAUCCUUUGACCGGCGCGCUUCCCUUCUUAUCGAUGAUGCUGGGAAUCUUUUUAGGAGCUGGAUUUAGUGCAUGGAGUCAAAAAUACUACAUCCGCUCGUGCAGAUUGAAUGACUUCAAUGCCGUGCCUGAAGCACGUCUCCCGCCAAUGAUGUUCUCGUCCACGAUUUUAGCAAGCGGUCUAUUUGUCAUUGGUUGGACGUCAUCAAGAUCGACACCUUGGAUUGCGACUAUCAGUGGGGUCUUCAUGCUCGGGUUUGGCUACUACGUGAUCUUCACAAGUGCUCUGAACUAUCUAGUUGAUUCCUUCCAGUGUUGGAGUGCAAGUGCGCUCGCCGCAAACACAUUUGCGAGGAGUGUUUUUGCCGCUGGGCUUCCACUUGCGAUACCUUAUAUGUUCGCCCGUUUAGGCAACGAAUGGUCUUUUACUGUUUUCGCGGUAUUCGCUGUCAUCAACAUCCCUAUACCGUUCAUGUUCUACAUUUACGGCUCGCGAGUUCGAGCAAAAGGACGUUUUACGAACAAUUAG